AUGACAACCACCACCCACACCACCCAAAACUCCCUCCACACUGCAGGACUCUUGCCCUUGAGGCAAAGUCCUUUCGACAUUGUCGCUACCUUCACCAGUUUCUCCCAUUGUUGUACCGCCAGCACACAUGGCUCCACCCAGAGCUAUACCAACCUCAUCAGCCGCCCACACCCCAGCACUCCCACCCACACUCACGUCUCCAACGAUCAAUCUACAACAGACGACCGCGACCAAACCCCGAAUGCCCCUAGAGUGCCAGGUGGUUCAGGUGGCUCUGUCAGGUUGGGAGGUCCCGGCAGUCCAGGCGGUCCUCCAUCAGAUGACGAAGGAGGAGAGCCAGAUGACGAACCCUCAGGGGGCUCUGAUAACAGAUUCCAGGGUGAUGAUCCCCACGACCUCAUUUUUCUCGGAUGGCUCAGUAUACUGAUCACAUACCCUAACCAUUGGCUUCCCUGA